AUGGGUUCAUUCAGUACUCUCGACAGCUUUCUUGAGAAGCAUUCUUCGAUCAAGGCGUUCUACCCAUCCGACAAGGAAUUCUCGUCCAUUAGCCAGAAAUACCUUGCAACCCCUGAUGUCCCUAGCCUUAUUGUUCGACCUCAAUCCGCCGAGGAUGUCGCGGCGUUGGUAUCCCACUGCGCCGCUACCUCGACCCCGUUUGUCGUCCGGGCCGGUGGACACGACAUGUCCGCCAGAUCAACUGUCAAUGACAUUCUCCAGAUAGACCUGCGUGAUAUCAGCCAUGUCAAUGUGUCCUCUGACAGAAAGUCUGCCCUCGUCGGGGGCGGGGUGUUGGGCGGGCAUUUGCAAGAGGCGUUGGAUAAGGACGGACUCAUGACGCCGACGGGAACGAUUGGGACGGUUGGAUACGUCGGGUGGGCCACUUUUGGGGGAUACUCUUCGUAUACCCCCAGUUUGGGAUUGGGGAUUGAUCAAAUUCUCGGAGCGAAGAUUGUUCUUGCGAGCGGUGAGCUUGUGGACGCUGACGAAGAGUUGCUGAGGGGCAUCCGGGGUGCUGGGCCGGCUCUGGGUGUUAUUACUGAGCUCGAGAUUAAGGUAUAUCCCAAGCAAGAGAUUCAAGCCGGCAUGGUCUUGUACGAGUCCAAGGAUCUGUACGCCACAAUCAAGACCUUCUGGCCCAACUGGAACAAGCUCGUCCAAGAGAAGGAUUUGCCAGAUGAACUUUGCGUCAUGCCUGCACUUCUCGAAAUACCAGGCAUGGGCAAAGUGUAUGCCGCAGCAUACGUGUGGAACGGCCCCGGAUCCGAAAACUCCAAUAAAUGGUUCGAAGAAAUCUCGUCGCUCGCCCUCGUCGGCAUGCAAAUGGUCGCUCCAACCAGCCCGUCCGCUUACCUUACCCAACUCACUUCGCUCGUCCCAACCAUCUGCUAUCCUGGCAGCUCCCAGACAGUCAGCACUAAAGGUCUUGCGUUCACAGACGAGAUAAUUGAGGCGUACGCCAAGCACGCUGCGAAAAUUCCCGGAGGCGGGCCGCUUCUGGGCAUGCACCAACUUAGAGGCAAGGCUUCAAGGUCUGGAAACCCUCCUGGUGUUUUUAGGUAUCGGGGCGACCAUCUAAUGUUGGAGAUUGUCGGGCUCAGCGCAACCACUGAUGUCACCAAGGAGGGUAAAGAGUGGGCGGAGGGGAUGAAGAACGCGCUCAAGGACUUGGAUGGAGUCAUGGAGGGUGGAUACUACUCUUUGCUGCCAAAAGGAGAGGUUGGCCUCGACGUCAUUUACGGUGAGCACUGGGAGACUGUCAAGAAGUUGAAAGAGAAGGUUGAUCCUGGAAACGUGUUCAAGUUCCCGUUUUCCAGUUAG